AUGAAGAAGUUGGUGAAAUGGUACCCGGUUUUAGUGAUGGUAGCUAUUGAUCAGGCGCUCGCUGUUAGCAAUAUACUUUUGAAAAAGAUUGUAGCCGAUGAUGGGAUCAACCUUUGCGUAUUCAUAACUUAUCGCCAGUCGAUCUCUGCAAUCUUCUUAUCUCCAUUAGCCUUCUUUUUGGAAAGAUCUAAAACCCGGCCAAAGCUCACGUUCACCAUCUUGUGCCACCUUUUCAUGAGUGCAACCAUUGGGGCAUCUGUAACUCAAUAUCUGUUCCUUGUGGGCGUAGAGUACACGUCAGCAACAUUCUCAUGUGCCUUCCUCAACAUGGUCCCCGUACUAACAUUCCUAAUGGCUUUACCAUUUGGUUUAGAGAAAGUGGACGUAAAACGCAGUAGCGGGAGAGCAAAAGUGUGGGGCUCUUUAGUAUGCCUCUGCGGUGCUGUUGUUUUAAUUGUGUACAAAGGGAUACCCUUAUUUCAUUUCGCACAGCGUAUAGAGCUUCUGCAGCAUUCACACGAAAGAUGGGCGAUUGGGUCGGUUGCGUUAUUAGGUGGUACACUGUGCUGGUCAUUGUGGUACAUUCUCCAGACAAGCAUUGGUAACAAAUAUCCGUGUCACUACUCCACCACUGCCAUCAUGACCUGCUUUAGCGCUCUACAAUCUGCUGUCUUCAGCUCCUUCAUAGACAGGGAUCUUUCGGUCUGGAUUUUGAGGACAAAAUCUGACAUCUUUAUUAUUCUUUACACAGGCAUUGUAGGAUCGGGAUUAUGCUUCGUGGGGAUGUCAUGGUGUGUAAAGAAACGUGGGCCACUUUUUACGGCUGCUUUCAGCCCGCUUGUCAUGAUAAUGGCAGCAAUGUACGAAAUUCCGGUUUUGCACCAACAACUUCAUCUCGGAAGCGUAUUAGGAUCGGCUACCGUUAUUGCUGGGCUGUACAUUCUGCUGUGGGGUAAGGAAAAAGAUGAUCAGAAGCAAGAGCCCAACUUAGCUGGGGAAACGGGGGAGAUUAAGGGCCAAGAAGCACCCGAGUUCCAAGUCGUAAAAAUAGUUGCUGAUGAACCUGAAUGCUCUUGA